CUUAUUUUACAUGUGUUUGGUGGUAUUAUGACAAGUCAAAUGACAACGGCAAACCAAUAUUUAUUGUCACCUAAUGCGUAAUAGCUAAACUUGCCAUUAUAGUUUAAACACAUUUUCUUCAGUGACAAUUUGUAGUUUAUCGUGAUCUAAGUCUUAAAAUACAAAUAAAAUAACAAACUCAGAUGUAUUAUCCUGCUGGUCAUAAUCGAUCUCUAAUGAUCAUCUUGUUGGUGGCGUACAUCAUACAAGUCGUCGGCGCCACUCCGUUGAAAUUCCCCGCGACUGCGGGCGCACCUCCCCCGGCACAGGACCCGUCCGCGGCGCCGCCGUUCCAGUUGCUGGAGGCCGCCCGGCGCGCGGCCGGGUCGCUGUUGCGGAACACGGCGCGGGUGUCGGACAAGGUGCUGUGGAGCGCCGGCAAGCUGCUGCUGACGGCGGGCGAGUCGAUCAACCGCGUGUGGGACGCCGUCCUGCACUCGUCCGUCCGGCUGCUGAGGGCCGGCGGCGAGGCGUGCGGCUCGAUCGCCGGCCGGCUGGCCCACGUCCCGGUGAUCGGGCCGGGCGCGUCCGGCGUCAGCGAGGUGGUCAGCGUGGCGGUGGACGCGGUGGCCAGCAACGUGGCCCACGACACGGCGGUCCGGGGCCAGGCGUUGGCCAAGCUCAACGCCCGGCUGGACGAGAGCGGCGCGCGGCUGCGACCGGCCGCCGAGACCGCGGCCGGUGGCCGAGGCCCGGCGGUCGCGUUUUUUCCCGGCCCGCAGUAGAGCCGACGACACACACCCGCUAGACUCGAUGCGCAGUGCUCGGCUCGGAAAAAAAAUCAUAUACAAUACCUGUGUAGGAUAAUUAUUAUACCUAGUCGAUGUACAAUGACACGCUAAUUAUUAUUUAUUAUAAUUUUAUUGUCAUCGCCAAAAUCGAAUUCCUCGGCACGUUUACCCGUAUAAUUAUUAUGUAAUAUUUUUAUUUUUCACACGCUUCGACAGAGUUGAAACAAAACGAUUAUACUUCUCUUAACGGAAUUUUAUUUGUUUUUUUUUUUUUUAAUAUUUAGUCUAUAGUUUUAAUUAAAAUGUCCUUUAAUCGACUGAUGAUUAUACACGUUAAGUGAAGAUGUCGACGGAAAAGAUAAUAUUUUGAAAUUAUUAUUUCGAUAAACGAUAAUAUCAGAUAGCCAAAACAGUGCACCACCCAAAGCUUUUCACUCAAAAACAGAGAAAGCGAUUUUCAACUUAAUUACUUCAAAACGUAUACGUUUCGAUUUCAAAUCGUCAUUAUUAUUUUUGGAGUUAUUUUCCAUUCGCUUAUUGGUGGUGAUAACGUUAUUCGCUCACAUUCUUUUCAAUAAUUUAAUCUAAAACCGAAUAACAUUAAAACGUAUAUAAUACGUUGUUAUUGCUUUAAGUUCAAACAUAUUAAAAAAACCAACGAGAAAACACGGACAUUAUUAUUGUCUUGCCAUAUCACAUCUAACCGUUAAACAGUAAACUCGCUUAUAGUAAACCAAGUAUUAAAUAUAGGUAUUCGUACGUAUUAUGAUUUACAUUAAUUACAUUGGUUGAAAUAAUAAUUAAACUUUUACUGUAUCUAUAUUCUAUGUGUAGUACGUAUAAAACAUUUAUUACGCGUUAUAAACAAUAGUUCUUAUCGGAUCCAUUGACACUAACAUUCAUAUUUUCGAAUAACAUCUAAUAUGAUCGUUUUAUUUAUUAUAGCUGUAAGAAUGAAUAUUGCAUACUUUUAUUGGACAUUUUAAGCUUAUCUAGUGAAAUAACAAAAAUAAUUUAAUUAUGAUCAAAACUAUAGUUUAUUGCCAAAUUAUAUUGUAAUAUUAUUUACUAUCUUGCUAAUUAUUAUCUGAUAUACUAACAUUUGUAUUGUUGAUCCUUGAAUGAAUAAACUUUAAUUGAUAUUCUUUUUUAAAUAAUAUGCUACCUACUGAAUGAAUAAUUUAUUCAAUAAGUCUUGUCAAGUACGCAUAGUGCAUAAUGAUUUAUAUAAUAGACAACAGUGCAAGAACUUUUGAACGGUCCUCUGUUGAGCCUUAGACUUCUAUAGAUCGAUCUAGGUAAUCCGUUGACACGUUCAAAUUCAAUACUAUUACCUAGAGAGCCUAUAUAACCUAUAUAUAUAUAUAUAUAUAUAUAGCCUAUUCUUAUGUAGGCUCUCUAUUAUUACCUAGUAGUAUUAUAAUGAGUGAUAAAAUAUAUGAUUAGUUGUUAUUAUUAUUUCUUGACUUUUAAGUAACCUUAAAUAUUGUUUUAUUAACUUAAGAGCUGUGUGAACAAAAAAGUUUCAAAACCACUGCAAUAGUAUUUAUCAUAUUGUAUUACUUAUAUAUUUUACAGCAGAGAAAAUUUUGAUACUAUAUAUAAAUUUACAAUUUAGUAGUUUUUAUUAUAUAUUUUAACAAUAUUG